AUGCGUCUCUCUUCUCUCGUCCUCCUCCCAGCCCUAGUUGCUGCACAGGAACAGGUGCCCCUUGUUGAGCGUCUGCAGGGCUGGUUUAACCAGGCAAAGGAACUGCUGCCAACUCCAAAGGUCCCCCAGGCCGCCGCGCCCAUCGCGGCCACGACUCCUCGUCCUCCCAAGGCUGCUGUUGUCAAGCCAAAGACCGUCACCCAAUUUAACCCAGACAACUGGAAGGAGAUACUUGCGCCCAAGUCAGACCCCCAGGAAUGGCUGAUAUACGUCACCGGCGGGAACAAGACCUGCUUUGGACACUGCGGACAGGCCAAUCGCUCCUGGAAGGAAGCACAAAACCUUUUCGCUGCUGACGCGACCUCUCCAUCUCUUGGUCGUCUCAACUGCGAAACCCAGGGUCUCCUCUGCUCGAUCUGGUCCGUCACUCCGCCUUCUCUAUGGCACAUCCAGGUCCCUGCUGCCCACACCCUGGGCGAGGUAAAGCCACCUACGCCCGUUCACCCCGUGCGCCUGAACGCCACCACCGUCACCGCUGAGGAGAUCUACAAGGUACACUCUGAGAAGCUCUGGGAGAAGGAGCCCGAGCUCCAGAGCAUGUUCCACCCCUUCGAUGGACUGGCCGCCGAGUACCGCAUCAACGAGGCCGUUGGCUGGGUUGUCUAUGGUCUAGGCAUGAUUCCUAGCUGGGCCAUGAUGUUAAGUGACGUGAUUGAGCUUCACCCGCGGUUAACUUUCCUCGCAAACAUUACACCAUCACCAACUCGAACUCGAAUCAAUAACGAAAUCACUCGAAUCUUGACCAUGGCGCUUCCAGUUGACCGGCCUCCAUCUACCAUAGCACUUGUCGCCGCUACUUCACUCCUCACCGGCGUUAUCGGAUACUAUAUCGGCCAAGGCGCAUCGAUAGGAAUAUUCUCGUCCACACCAAGGCAUGCGCAAAAGGACAAAUCGAUAGAUGAAGACGAGGACGAGGAAGAUGACGAAGACGAAGAUGAUGAAGACGACAAUGGAGGCGAACUAGCUACAUUUGAAGGAAAUACAGACGAAGUGAAACUCGUCCUGGUAGUGAGGACAGACCUGGGCAUGGGCAAAGGUAUGGAAAUAUCUGACCCUUCCAGCUUCACCUUUCCAUUACUCCGCUAUAUGCGUGUUUACUCUUAUCAGAAACUAACUGUUAUGGCCUCUACAGGUAAAAUCGCCGCACAAUGCUCCCACGCAACCCUCGCGUGCUACAAAUACUACUUUAGCAAAUCACCCAACUCGCCAAUACUGAAGCGAUGGGAACGGCAGGGUCAGGCGAAGGUCGCGCUACAAGCCAAGACGGAAGAAGAUAUACUGGUUCUUCAGGCACAGGCGCUGAGUUUGGGGCUGUGUGCGCGUGUCAUUCAGGAUGCGGGACGGACACAGAUUGCGAGCGGGAGCCGGACGGUGUUGGGCAUUCUAGGUCCGAAGAGUGUAGUGGAUUCUGUUACGGGCCAUUUGAAGCUGUUGUGA